CAAGAUCAAACAGCAUACAGGAACGUUAUUCGCUAAGAAAUAUAUUAAAAAAAAUAGUUUUCAGAACAUCUAUCGAAUUCAAUUACAACGCAUAACGUUGAUGUGUGUCAAGUUGUUUUUCAAAGGCAAACAAAUUUGGAUAAUUGGUUUUUGCCGUGCGAUGUUUUCGGCAGUUUGAGCCACCGCCGUAAUAAAUAAUAAACGGCUUGGUCUCAGUACUGUCACUUCGUAAAACAGAGACAACAGCAGACUUCUUUUCUUUUGCAAGAAUAUAGAAUAUACAAAUUAAAACAUUUGCGUGGAAUAUUUUCCCAAAAAUUUGAAGUUAAAAAACUUACAAUAUGGAGGUUGCUCCAGAUUUAAGUGCUGGCGGCAAUGCUAGCAAUGAUGAAAACAAACAGGAAAAAAGUGAAGAAUUAAGUGCUGUAGUUAAUGGUGGUGGUGGUGCGGGCUCUAUUACGACGGAAAAUGCUGUCGACAGUACGCCAGACAAUAGAAGCGACAAAGAAUGGAUGCAUACACAGCCACCAAAGAGUGUUUUGAGCGCUCCCCCUGCUUUUCGUGGUGGCAGAGGUGGUGGUGGUACCAUUAGUAUGCAUUUCAAUAGGGGUGGGAGUGUUGCCGGCAGAGGGGCUGGCGGUAAUUUUAGUGGAAGGCCAUUCGAUCCAAACUGGGCUAACAAUAAUGGGCCCGGAGGGCCAGGCGGUGCACCGCCACAAUUAGAGUUAUGGGUAGAGACAAAAACUGAGGAUGGUAAAUCAUAUUACUAUCAUAUACUAUCAAGGGAAACCACAUGGACGAAGCCAGAGGGACCUAAUGUCAAAGUGAUGUCGCAGUCUGAAAUUGAGGAAAUGAAUAAAAAGCAACAACAACAGCAGCAGCCAAAUUCAAGCCAUCCCUCAAGUCAACCUAAUGGUAUUGAGGACAAGGAUAAGACGGAAGGUGGGGUUGGUGUUGCCGCCGACAAACCUCCAGCAAAUGUUUUAACAUCUCAGCCGCCGCCUGGUCUUUUAUCCCAACCACCGCCGACGCAGCAACAGAGUCAAAUCACUGGUCCACCACAACAUCAGCCACAACCCCAAACAAUGUCACAACCGCCACCGAAUGUGCCUACACCGGGACACCCUCAAGUUUCACAGCCGCCACCUGGCAUGCAUCAGCAACCACCACCGUUCUUCCCUCCCGGUGUACAUCCGCCACCAAAUUUUGGUCAACAUCCAGCUCAUCCCCCCUUUGGAAUGCCACCACCUGGCUAUGCCGCGCCUGGUUUUCCAGGAGCAGCCCCAGGAGGACCAGGUGGUCCCUGGGGAAUGCCUUGGGCUCAACAGCAUAUGCAUCAAGUUGCCCCACAGGAUAAACCAGCGAAAAAUCUUAUCAUCAAACCGGGUGUAAUAGAUCCUGCUGUUAUAGCGAGGGCUGCCGAAUGGUCUGAGCAUAGGGCUCCCGAUGGUAGACCCUAUUAUUAUCAUGCUGCACGUGGGGAGAGUGUCUGGGAGAAACCGCAGGCUUUGCGAGACAUGGAAGCCGCUCGUAUGGCUGCUCAUGGGGCAGCGCCACAAGCCGCACCUCCACCGGUGCAUAAUCCAGCCUUGAUGCCAGGCAUGGGUAUGCCACCCCAUUUAUUAAAUCCCCUUAUGCAUUUACAACCUGGCAAUCCAGCGGCUGCUUUUGUAGAUCAUUCAGCCGCCUUUGCUGCAGCUGCGGCUGCAAAAACCGCGGAAAGUAACAAAAUCUCCCAAACAAUUGCUUUGGAAAAGGAAGCCAAAAAAUAUGCAGAGGAAAAGCGUAAAAAGGCCGAAGAGGAGCAAAAGAAAGCCAAUUCUGCGGCAAAGCCAGUGGAUAAAAGUCGACCCAUAUCCAGUACCCCAAUACCCGGUACGCCCUGGUGUGUGGUUUGGACCGGCGAUGCUCGUGUUUUCUUUUACAAUCCCUCUACACGCACUUCCGUUUGGGAACGUCCUGAGGAGUUAUUGGAACGUGAAGAAGUCGAUAAGGCCAUAAACAAUCCACCGGAACAAUUGAAAAGUUUGGUAAACGCUAAAGCCGAAGCCAAAGAGGAGAGCGAGGAAGAUAAAACCCCCACACCAACAGCAGCAUCAGCUACGGCUAACAGUACAAUCAAAGCGCAAACUAUUGAGACAACGCCACAGGAGGAAGAGGAUGAUGGCAUCAUAAAAAUUAAAACAGAAUCCGAUUCAUCGGAUGUUGAAGAGGUUCCAACAAAGAAAUUGCGUAUAAAUAAAUCUAAAAAAGCGGAUGCAAGUGAAGCCGCUGCCGAAGCUGAAGUUAGAGCCGCCAAGGAAAGAGCUCUUGUGCCACUGGAAACCCGCGUUAAACAAUUCAAAGAAAUGCUACGUGAGAAAGAUGUAUCUGCCUUCAGUACUUGGGAAAAGGAGUUACAUAAGAUUGUCUUUGAUCCCCGCUAUCUAUUGCUUACGUCCAAGGAACGAAAACAGGUAUUCGAAAAGUAUGUAAAAGAUCGAGCCGAAGAGGAACGCAAAGAGAAACGCAACAAAAUGCGACAAAAACGUGAAGAAUUUCGUAACCUUUUGGAAGAUUGCAAACUACAUGGCAAAUCAUCGUUCAGUGAUUUCUGUCAGCGAUAUGGAAAAGACGAACGUUAUAAGGCCAUUGAGAAGGUGCGUGAACGUGAGAGCCUCUUCAAUGAAUAUCUGCUGGAUGUGAGGCGUCGUGAGAAGGAGGAGAAACAAAUGAAGAAAGAACAGAUACACAAGGAGUUCAUAGAUAUGCUGCGCGAACGUGCUGACUCCAUAGAUCGUCAUUGCCGUUGGCAUGAUAUCAAAAAGAAAUUCGAAAUGGAUCCCCGUUAUCGUGCGGUGGAGAAUUCCAUGUAUCGUGAGGAUUAUUUUCAUGAUUUUCUGCGUAUCAUGAAGGAGGAGAAGCGCCGCCGGGAGAAGGAGCGUGAAAAGGAACGAGAGCAGCGUGAACGUGAGCGCGAGAGGGAACGUGAAAGGAAAUCGGAGCGUAAGAGCGAUCGCAAGGACAAGGAUCGUAAGGACAGGAGCCGCAGUCGCACCAAGGAUCGUACGGAGCGCGAUGGCAAGGAUAGUAGCAGCAAGGAAAAGGAACGAAAAGACAAAUUGGAUAAAGACAAGCAUGAGAAGAAGAAACACAAGGACUAUGAGGAGGGAGAACAUCAUUCCGAAGAGGAACAUUCUGCGGCCAGUGAUCACAAUGAGGAGGAACAGGAAGUGGAACGCCUGCAAAAGGAACGUGAACGUCAACUGCGUGCCGAACAAAGCAUCAGGGAACGUGAGAAGGAGGUCCAAAGAACCUUGGCUGGUCAUUUGCGUGAUCGCGAUAAGGAACGUGAAUUGCACAAACGCGAAGAAGCUGUGGGCCAUUUCAAUGCCUUGCUAACCGAUUUGGUACGAAAUCCCGAUUUUACUUGGAAGGAAGUUAAGCGCCAGUUGCGGAAAGACCAUCGCUGGGAAUUGGUGGAAUUCUUGGAUCGGGACGAUCGUGAAAGAAUUUUCAAUGAACACAUCGAUAGCUUAAUGAAGAAAAAACGUGAAAAAUUCCGUGAAAUGUUGGAUGAAAUAACCACCCUUGAGUUGACCAGCAUCUGGAAGGACAUUAAGAAACUAGUCAAAGAUGAUCCACGUUAUUUGAAGUACAACAACUCGGAGAAAUGUGAACGUGAAUUCCGGGAUUACAUAGUCGACAAACAGUUGGCGGCUAAAAUUGCCCUCAAGGAAUUGCUGAAGGAGUGUAAACUUAUCACCCACAAGAGCCAUGAAUUAGUUAAGGAAAAUCCCAAUCAUCUCAAAGAGAUUUUGGAUAUUCUAAAAAUGGACAAAAGGUAUCUGAUACUGGAACAUAUAGCGGAUGAACGAACCACCAUAGUAGUAAACUAUUUAGAUGAAUUGCAUAAACGUGGUCCACCACCCCCACCAACAGCUUCAGAUGCCUCGCGGCGAGUUAAGUAAAAAAAAAGUCAUGGCCAGCAUCGGCAGCAUUAACUGACUGACCAUAUACAUACAUUUUAUCUUCGUUCAUUAGGAAUUGUCUCCACAAUAAUAUUUUGUGUUAUAACAAUUUUAUUAAAUAAGUUCCAAUCAAUUACAAAAAAAAAAACUAUUAGGUUUAUGUAUCAUUUAUUGUAAUGUAUAAUUUGAGAUUAUUUUCCUAACAUUUGGCAAUGUUUUUUAAAUUAUCUUAAUAAAGAAAAUACAAGAAAAAAAUAUUUUGCACUAAGAAAAACA